UUCUUAUUUGCAGUGUCUGGAUUUCAGCUUAAAAAUCAUCUAUUGAAUCUUAUGAACUGGAGAGGUUGCAAAGCGCUGUUCUUUAUUUUGCUCAUUUUUAUUGUACUCGAAACGUUUUCACAAAGACGACUUGAACUUACUGACUCGUUCGUCAAAAGACUGGGCACUUACAACCGUAAACGGUGUGUUGAUGUUACGAGACAAAUGAGAAAUGGAAUGUGGCGAAAACGUUCGAAUCUACAGCCCACAGAUGUGCUUCACAGACGAGAGCAGGACAUAAGGAUUAGAAAACUCAGAGGGUUGCCGGAAAUAUUACACAGAGAGGAUAAGAAGUGCGGAAAGAAUUUCCCAUUAAAGGCACCAAAUUUCGGCAUCCCAAUUCCCUCUCUGUGUGACCCUGAAGGCACGGAUCCCUGUUGUAAUCAUAAUCUUGCGAGGUGUGGAUCAGCAAAAGAAGAUUGUCAGUGCACAUCAUGCACGGAUUUUAGAAAUAUAGUUUCUGCGGAGCUACACGAAUUCGUUCCUUCUUCUGGCUGCGAGUUUCAAAACUUCAGCAGUGCUAAAACAUGUCAGUUGUUAUCCGAAAGAGUCUCCAGCUUGUCGUUAAUCGGUGAUUCGCUGGUGCGACAUUUACAUAAUGCGCUGAUGAUUUUAUUCACAGACGACAAGGUAUAUGGUAGCCUUGUAAAAGACGUCGACGAACACCAAAGAGAUUUUUGUUCAGGCGACAUGCAAUUCGUAGACGCAGGUAAAACGGGAUGUCACGGAAAAACUGCCCACAACGCUUCCCAACUUCCUGAAGGGAAAGUUUGCCAAGGACAAUCUACCUUCGAGUAUUCUUUAUAUCAAUUUUAUAGCAUGGAAUAUGCAAAGUUGGCACUGCAAAAGGUUCGGGGAAAACUUAACGCGACAAACUCAGUCAUCGCUAUUGGAGUAGGACUCCAUAUGGGUCUGAAUGCUGAUAAAGUGUUUAAUGGCUACCUAAAACCAAUCCUUCAACUUAAGCAUCAAGCAGCAAGCCAAUGGCCGCUUAUUAUAUGGCUCACAACGCACGCACAUGGCAGCAUUAAACCAAUUCCGUAUAUUGAAUCCCAAGGUAAUGAUAAAAUCAUUCGUUACAACCAAGAAAUGAGGCGGUUUCUAGAACCUUUUGAAGUUCCAGUGUUUGACACAUUCAAUCUAACUGUUGGGGUGCAUAGCUAUGAUGGAACACAUUACGGCUUUGGAGUAAACAUGAUGAAGGCACAAUUAUUUCUGAAUUUUUUGGACGAGACCUUUCCUCACAAAAAGCGUUUGAGCGCAUAA